GGUGCAGAAAAAAAAUGAUUUGCUGUUUAUUAUGAUCCACAUCAGAGUAAAAGAAGGUGAUAAGCGUUAACCUGGGGACGGUGUUCCUUUGAAUCGGGGAAGGCAAUGCUUCGGUACCCACCCACUUCACCAAAAGCGAAAGGUGCAAGAUAACAGAAGAGUAUAAGACCCUUUAGAGCAUAUGCAGUAAAGAAUGAAUGGAGGAAUGGCAUCAUUAACUCAAACUCAUUAUCAACUGCAUCCCUUUAGUUUCAGAAGGCAACAUCCUAGAAGCCAAGGAUUAUUGAAAUCUGGAAAACCGUUUCAACUCCAAGGACUCGCCUUUCCUAGUAUUCACAUUAAUCAGUCCUGCAUAUGGUGCACAAAGUUAACACCAUGGGAGUCAUCACCUGUCACAUAUGCUCCUACUGAUAAUCAAAGUGAUAAUUUUUUGCAGAAUAAUGCCAAUAUAUUUGAAACCGUUGAAUCUAGUAACACAGCUGACUCAUCAACCACAAAUGUUGAAGGGCUUGUAGAGAAAAAAUAUCAGCCAGGUCUGCAGCUUCAGUUUUUCAAAUGGCCCCUGUGGUUUCUAGGCCCUUCAGUUCUCCUUGCGACUGGCAUGGUCCCAACAUUGUGGUUACCAAUAUCUUCGAUCUUUCUUGGCCCCAAUAUAGCCAGCCUACUUUCCUUGAUUGGACUUGAUUGCAUUUUUAACCUUGGUGCAACCCUUUUUCUUCUCAUGGCUGACUCUUGUUCACGGCCAAAGUAUCCAUCACAAGAAAGCAACAGCAAGGCUCCCUUCAGCUACCAGUUCUGGAACAUUGUUGCAACUCUUACUGGAUUUAUUAUUCCAUUGUUGAUGAUGUUUGGAUCUGAGAAGAGCUUUCUCCUACCACAACUACCCUUCAUCUCAUUUGCAGUUCUUCUGGGUCCUUAUCUUCUUCUUUUGUCAGUACAGUUUCUGACUGAGAUAUUGACUUGGCAUUGGCAAUCACCAGUCUGGCUCGUUACCCCUGUCAUUUACGAGUCUUACCGUGUCUUGCAGCUAAUGAGGGGAUUAAAGCUUGGGGUUGAGCUCAGUGCACCGGUAUGGGUGAUGCAUACAAUUAGGGGCUUGGUUUGCUGGUGGGUGCUAAUUCUCGGGCUGCAGCUAAUGAGAGUUGCUUGGUUUGCUGGUUUAACCGCUAGAGCUCGUAAGCAGCAAUUGUCUUCUUCUGAUACUUCUGCUGCCAAUGGGGAAUUCUGAUUAAUACCAUUGUAAAGAUAUUCUGAAAGGAACAAAUUAUAGUGUAAGUAGAUAUGGUUUAAAUUUAGUUAUAGGUGCUUUCCAUCUCAUCCAUAUACCAUAGUGAUAGUGGCACACAUAUAAUAGAUAUAUAUAUAUAUAUAUACAAGUAAAUUACAUACAAAACUUAUCUAAUUACUGUACUUUAUGCUGUAAUCAAUGGUUGUUUUGUUCGUGUGUUAUCUUCGAGUUGUGAACAAAUUGGGUGAUCUGUUUCGUGCCUCAACUUAUGAAGAUGGAAGAAGAAUUAUAUAGUCGAUGGCUGAAGGAAAAGUUUAUGCACUUAUUAUUAUAUUUUUAAUAAAUUAUGGGUAAUAGGAUCUUUCUUUCUUCUUC